AUGGAACUGGCGCCAGACGACGACAUCGAGUACUCCCCCGAGUACGUCAAUGCUGAGAGGGCCAGGCGUGGCCGAAGGCGACGGCAGCUCCCCACCACGGCAGCACCAGAAAGAGGCCAAGCGGCAGUGCUGCCAGUUCUCAGCCAAGACCCAGUAGCCGAGACCAUUCGCGGCCGAGGCCGCGUCAACGUCUGCGACGACGUCGACACUACGACCCUGCACAACAUGGCAAGGAUGGCGCUGGAGAUGUGCCCAUCACGCGAGCUGCCGACCAGGCGGACACACAUCUACACGGACGGCAGCUACAACGGCAUCCCACAUACAGCCGCCUGGGCAGUAGUUAUUGUCGACGAGUACGACGACGGGCGCAACUCACGAGGCCCGUUUGGUUUUCGGGGUUUCACUGCUGGCAAGGUCACCGAGUCCCUAGACGACAUGGCAAACAACGAGAAGGUGACGGCAUACACAGCUGAGCUCACGGCAGUACUUUGGGCACUAAUGUGGGCCCUUGGUCAAGACACCGACGCGCCCAUCGAGGUCACGCCCGAUGCCGUCAACGUUAUCAACCUGGCCAAAGGCGAAGCCCAAUGCCACGUACAUCCGAGGUUGGGGGCCGCCAUUCGCACGCUUGCUGGCCUCCUCCAACAAGCCCGACCUACCCAGUGGCACCACAUUAACUCGCACAUUGGGCACCCUUGGAACGAGCUCGCAGAUGGGAUAGCAGAUCAAGCUUCGGCCAGCGACCUGAUGGACCCGAACAUUGCAGCAGUGCAGGCGAUCGCUCACAACAAGUUCCUUUCCUGGGAAUGGUUACGCUCAGAGCCAGAUGCGGUCAAGGCCGCAUACCCGCCCUUGCGGAACAAAGACUUCAUCAUCGAGGCCACCCAGCCGCAGGCAGCCCCAGGAGCGACCCAGAGGCCCAUCAGCACCACCACCAUCAAGGCCGACCUCAACGUGAAUUUGUGCACCUACAACUGCAGAUCACUCAAGGCCGCCGUCAGCUUCAAGUCGGGCAAAGGCAAGGCGGCCGGCAAAAGCAAGCAGAGCCUCUCCAAGGCCACGCACCUAGCAGCACAGUUUGCUGACAUGGGCCUGCACGUCGUGGCCCUACAGGAGACGCAGAGCGAAGGAGACGUCCGCAACGUAGGAGAAUAUGUUUGCUACUCCUCAGGCCACACGCAGCAGAACAGAGGAUGCGACAUCUGGCUCAACGUCUCCCAACCAAUCAGCGCGAGUGGGGCAGCGAAGUACCUAAGUGCCAAAGACACCCUCGUCCUCCACCAGCACGACAGGCUCUUGAUCAUCAAGACCCGCGUUGCAGGCACAGACAUGGUCAUCGCAUCAGCAUAUGCACCCCACGAAGACUCCCACGCGGCGGAGAAGAGAGAAUUCUGGGAGUCUGCUCAGCGAUUGUCUGCCAAGUACCGAGUGGACAUCUUCAUGGGGGACCUGAACGGUGGGUACCCAGAAGCGACCAACGGCAAUGGCAAGCACAUCAUCAGCUUCGCUGCCGACACCAACAUGGAGGUCAUCAACACCACGAGGGAUCCAGGCAACAACUCAUAUACGCAUGUCGGAUCGAAGGGGCAGCACCACAGGAUAGACUACAUCCUGCUGAGCUCCUCGAUCGCCCCGCACGUUGCGAGCUGCAGCACGGAGCCAGGUCUGGACCGAGGCACAGCUGCACAAGACCACAUACCAGUACUAGCCACCCUCAAGUGGGCCGUCUGCAAGACCACCAAGGCCUCAGGACCGAGGCCCGACCUGACCAACUUGAACAACGACGUCGCCAAGGCCAGCUUCAAGGAGAUUCUCAAGCAGGCCCCGAUCAUCCCCUGGGAGGUGGACGUCAACACUCACUGCGAGGAGGUCACCAGGGUCGUCAACGACGCGGCCAUCCAGGCCUUCGGCAAGGCCGUCAAGGCAGCGAGGAAGCCCUAUGUCACCAAGACUACCAUGGGCCUAAUCCGAGCCAGGCGCCUCACACUCCGAGUCCAUCGCGCAGUGCUCAGAGGUGAUCCACAACUCGACAUGGCGGACCAGGAGCUUAGCCAUUUCGCGAAGAUACAGGCGGGCAAGAUCGUAACAGCGGAUGAUCUUGCCAACAAGUACAAUCACGACAGCAAGACCAGGCCCUUCGACGGCAUGCUGGAUCUCUCCAUGGUGAUGCCCCUGGCCGUCUGCCAGGCCCAGUUCGCCGCGGCCAAGGCUGGGACGCAAGGAGGCCCCGACGGGCUCACGAACGCUGUCCUCAGGGCGGCCCCCACAGAGGCAGCGAGGCUACUGCACCCCCUCUUCACCAAGGUGGCGACCACCGUACGGGAGCCGCUGAGCUUCAAGGGUGGAGACCUGGUCGCAAUUCCCAAAGGAAAAGGCGACCCAAGGUACCUCCAAGCCUACCGCGAGAUCCUCUUAAACAACGUCCUGGGCAAGCACCACCAUAAAUACCUAAGGACCAUGCUCAACACUACCCUCGCCAUAGCGCUGGAGGACAUCCAGGUUGGCGGCCGGCCCAAGCGAGGGGCGGACAUGGCGGUCCUAGCAGCACGCCUCUUCACAGAGAGAAGUCAGGCCCAAGGGAAGUGCUCCAUGAUUAGCUGCUACGACUUAAAGGAGGCCUUCUACUCGGUUGUAGUCCAGCUGGUUCAUGGCAUCCCAGGCGAGGAGGACGAAGUCAAGGAGGUGCUAGAGAACCUCGAGGUUCCCCUGUGGGCCCAGCCGCAACUGGAGCACCUCAUGGCCAACCCAGGGAUACUCGACACAGUGUUGGACGGCUCCCACCUGGCUGCCCUCAUUGCAGAAGGUUACCGCAACAGGUGGACAUCACACAGGUUCUCCCAGAACCUCAUGGCGCCGCACAAGGGCACGAGGCCUGGCGUGCCCCUGGCCGACGCGGACUUCAAUCUGCUAUUCGGCCGAGUCCACCGCAUGAUUGACAGCUACCUUGGCGACCGAGCCAAGUACAAAGAGCCUACCAUCAUCGAGACAGACGACCACUGGAUCAGCGAUGCCGAGUUGAAUGGAGUGAAUGGAGCAAAUGGAGAAGGUUCAUCAUACCGAGACAAGUACCGCCACUUCGACCAGCACGACGGUGCCGAGUACCACAGG